AUGUCAAACCCAACAAAUAAUGAAGCAGACGAGGCUGUUGCGACUGUCGCAAAGAAUGAUGUCUCGGCCGAUGAGAAGAAUUCCCCGCCUGCUGCUGCGCCGGUCAAAGAAGGCGGCAUUCGAGGCUGGCUGCAAGUGAUCGGUGCAUUUUUCAUCUUUUUCAAUAUUUGGGGCGUGGCUUUUGCUUUUGGAUCCUUUCAAAGCUUCUACGCUCUGACCUAUCUCGUGUCCUCUGGCUCCUCAGCCAUAUCAUGGAUAGGCACCGUCCAGUCCUUCCUACUCAUCGUUGGCGGAAUUGUAUCCGGCCCCCUCUUCGACCUGGGCUACUAUCGCGCCAUGAUCUUCGUCGGCACGACCCUGUCUAUUGUGGGGGUUAUGAUGCUCAGUCUCGCGGAUGCAUACUACCAAAUCUUUUUGAGUCAGGGUAUCUGUAUGGGUCUGGGGUUCGGGCUGUUGUAUAUCCCCAGCCUUGCACUGGUUAGUCGGGCCUUUGUGCGCAAACGCGCUGUUGCACUCGGCGUCUCGACGAGCGGUGCUCCGACCGGAGGCAUUAUCUAUACCAUACUGUUCGAACAGCUUCUACCCCGUAUCCAGUUUGCGUGGACGGUGCGGGUUAUUGGCUUUGUUAUGCUCACCCUGUUUGUUACGGCGGCAUUUCUGCUGCUCUGGAAGAGUCCUAACACACAAAGACCUGCAGCUACUCCGGGGCGCACUCGAAGAUUAUUUGAUCUGCGUGCUUUUGGAGAUGGGCCCUUCUGGAGCUAUACCAUUGCAAAUUUCUGCCUUUUUCUGGGAUACAUGACCCCGUUCUACUAUAUCCCGACCUAUGCGGAGACUAAGCUCGGUACCACACGGUCACUGGGCCUCUAUAUUCUUAUUAUCUCGCAGGCUUCUUCGAUCAUUGGUCGCGUGGUCACUACCACCGUUGCACAUCACUUUGGAUCUAUGAUCCCAUGGGUCUUCUGCGGGUUGCUUUCGGGAGUUCUGUGUCUGUCUUGGAUCAGUGCACACAGUGUAGUGCGUUUUAUCCUGUAUUCGGCGUUUUAUGGAGGUGUAUCCGGUGCUCUGAUCCCUCUUCCACCCAGCGUCUUCCCCCAUGUAUGUCCCGACCCAUCAGCCCUGGGAACAUGGCUGGGUAUGGCGCAAGGUAUCAGCGGGUUUGCGACUCUCAUUGGUGCGCCCGUGGCGGGCGCAUUGGCUUCCAUUGGAUCACGAGGCAACGCCGAUCUGAACUUCGUGAACAUCCAACUCUUCGGUGGAAUUGCGAUGAUAUCCGGAGCGUUCCAAUUAAUGGGGCUGUGGUUCCUGCUGUACAAGAAGAGAGAUAAAAAGGGCCUGUUCUGA